CGCAUCAGCUGCGUCCUUUAAAGUCUCCGUCUAACACUGAACACAAAUGCAAAAGAUCAUCCUCCUCUGAGUUAUCAAUAGGCUGCAUCAUCGUUCAUCUUCCCUCAUCAUCUUCCGCACCUUCUCCCUCCCUCUCUGUCUGUCCAUCUCCUCCCUCUGCGCCUUUUUACGAAACAAGUCAGAGCGCACACACGACUGGCGGAGAAAACAGGACAGACAAUAGACAAUAGUUUGGGUCAUCAUGGUAUUUGGAUUUUUACCGUAACAUGCGCGCCGGACUGUGAGAUACAGGUGAACAAUCUGUAAACGCGUCUGUUCAUUUACUGGCCGAAAGUUUCUCCGGGUUUUAAUGUUGCCAACCGAGAUUUCAGGAGGAGUGUGUUUCACCUCAAGCGAUCACACUGAGGGAAGGAGAGAAGGGAUGAAAACAGAGGAAAGCCAGCAGUCCUGUCUGCAGCAGCCACCAUCCUCAACGCCUUUUGGUCCGGAGUACAGGGGAGGAGGAGAGUUGUGUGCCGGCUGCGAGUCUCCUAUCGCCGACCGUUUCCUGCUGCGCGUGAACGAGCGCUCCUGGCACGAGACCUGCGUCAAGUGCGCAGUGUGUUUGAGCGCGCUCACCGGGACCUGUUACUGCAGGGACCGCCUGCUGUACUGCAAGCACGACUAUGAAAAGCUGUUUGUAAGGAAGUGCAGCGCCUGCCUGCAGGUGAUUGGACGUUCAGAGCUGAUAAUGCGCGUGCAAGGCCAGGUUUACCACCUGGGCUGCUUCACUUGCUGUGAGUGUGAACGCCGGCUGCAAAGAGGUGAUGAGUUUGUGCUGAAAGAAGGCCAGCUGCUCUGUCGCAUGGACUAUGAAAAGGAGAGGGAAAUGCUGGCUGCUAUUAGUCCCACACCAACUGAAUCAGUGAAAAGUGAGGAUGAGGACGGUGGAGGAGGCUCUGGUGGAGGGAAAGGUGGUGAUGAAGGCAAGGAACACAAGCGUUCAAAACGACCACGCACCAUCUUGACCACACAGCAGCGUCGUGCUUUCAAAGCUUCCUUUGAAGUGUCUGCAAAGCCUUGCCGCAAGGUGAGAGAGACCCUGGCUGCUGAGACUGGACUAACAGUGCGUGUUGUCCAGGUGUGGUUUCAAAACCAGAGAGCCAAGAUGAAGAAGAUAGCUCGCAGACAGCAGCAACAGCAGCAGCAGCAGCAGGAACAAGAACAGCUGGGAGGGACCAGGAGAGGACCAAGCAGGGGGGGCCGUCAGAGCAAUGAUGACAGUGAGGAUGGCUCGAGUACCCAUGGCAUGGAGGGGAUACUGGGGUAUCCCUCUCUGCCACGUCAGCAGCUGCUUACUCUGGACCCUAACAUCUAUGGUGGAGAGCCAUUUCGACAUGGGCUUACACCACCUCAGCUAAACAGUGAGCAGCUCCACUCCUAUGACUCAGAGACAGUGUUUCAUGAUCUGGACAGCGAUGGAAGCCUUGGUCACCUCGGAGAUUGCCUUUUAGCAGCUGGGGACGGCAGUCUCCUGCCAGGGCGCAUUGGAAACCCCAUUGACCGUCUCUAUUCCAUGCAGAACUCCUACUUCACCUCCUGACCCUUAUAAACUUGCACCCUUUCCCCUCCUGUUCCACCUUUCACCUCAGAGAUGCAGCUAAUGGAGUCUGUCCAUCAAGAUGCCUGUGGGACCACUCUCCAUGAAAAUACCUACACCCAAAUACACUUCUCAGCUUUUAUCACAGGCCAAAAUCAUUCUAAGUCAGGCAUAGUCAUAUCAGUUUGCAGCAGAUUCGUAUAAUGUUCCCAUUAUCUUUCCUUGCUAAGAAUCACAUGCUGGAAAUACAGACACUGUAAAUGUCCAAGAUAUGUAAAAAGACCUCAAUUUCUCCUGUUGUAUUUAUGUAAUGUUCAAUGAAACACCUUUCAUGGCACUUUCCAACAACAAAAAAAACAAAAAAACAACAAAGACAAUUAUUCAAACAUUAAUAUGUAUAUCAUGAAUUACAGAUGAUAAUUGGUUGUUGAAAGUGAAUUCAUCAAUCAACUUACAUGUAUUUAGAAGGCAGGUUGUAUGAGUAGCUGAGGGUCUAACUUAAAUUAGUAUAUUGCAUAACUUUUUUUGACAGGACUAGCGAUUAGUUAUUGUGCGUGAAAGUCUGCAGCGUAUACAAUACUGUAUAUGGCUUUGAGUACAAUUUUACUCUCAGGUUAGUGUGUAUGUUUGUGUAACCUGAGCUAUAACUCAGGAUAUUGUGCUGGACAGGAUUACAAUUUAACUAGCCCAAUGACUUCAAGAACGUAGAUUGCAAAGGGGAUGUAAAAUGAUCAUUUCAAACUGCAUUUUUAGUUUUUCACAAUGCAUGACAGGUAAAAUAUGGACCAAAAAAAAAAUCACAGUUUUUAGUAUUUAGCCAACACUACAGGGUAAUUUGAAGAGCCUUAUGCGGAAACAGGGUUGUAAUGAUGAUUGCUUUAGCUUUCCCUUCUCUUUUAUAAUAUAAUCACUAAGAAUCGGUACAGUAAAUGGCAACCAAUAGAUCUAUAAUGCCCAAAAGUUAGUACACUGGGUGUACAUGAUGAUGUGCUCCAAAUGUAAAUGUAUGACUGUGUUACAAUUAAUUGUUGUAGUCACUUUCUGUAAUAAUUUCUUUCUCAAACAUCUCAAAUUAGAUGUCGUUAGGUAGAUAUUUUGUACCUUCUUCUGUGAUAAUCAGCAAAUAUUUAAACUGUAGCAUGAUAUUUAUGUGUCACGAAGUAGGUCUAAAGGAUUAGCCUCCAAACUAAAGUUGGAUAGCAAGUGUUGCAGAAAGCAUCAGGAUCAGACUCACAAUGUGGUGCAGAAUAAAGUAGAAUUAAGGUAGUACUUGUUUCAUUUAUUCGCCAGUGAUCAGGUGCAGCUUGUGACAUUCUUUAAUGACAUUAUGUUUGACACUGAUCACUGACUCAUUGUAUUUUUACAGUGAUAUUUUUGUGAAUGUAACUUAUUUGUGCGGUAUUAGGCAAGUUCCUAUCUUUCUUUUUUUGUUCAGUGACUGCCAGGUGAUGUGCUUUGAAUGUAAUGUUGCAGUAUCUUCAAUACAAUCUGCGGUUUCAUCUUUGGA